UUAAAUGAUAUGAAUAACAUUUUUAAACGAAGAUAAAAUUGAUAAACAAUAUUACUGGCAUUUACUGCUAGUCUUCAAUUGUAGCGAAGUAAGGAGUCGUGAUUUGGAGGUGAUUCCGUAAAAAGUUUCUUGACUCUCAUACAGAUUUGCAGUACAAUGAUUACUCGCAUGGAUGGACAGCGUGUCGUUACUAGUGGUUGAAAAGCAAAUAAUCUCUUGUGUGUUUUAAACGGAUUACCUGUGUUUGCAUAUUCGUUGGAUUGUUUCAUCAACGGCGUUCACCAAACUUUUGUACGAUUAUUAGUUAGUUUUGUUAGUCAGUAUAAAAUGUCUGUGUUCACUACGGAAAAUGAUUCUUUUGUCGCUCUUAUCAAGUAUGGAAGCUUGAUAUUGUUCAAAAUGGUUAUGAUGUCAACUGUUACCUCGGUAUACAGAGUAUUACAUCGUUCUUUAACUUCAGAAGAAGACGCGUAUUUUGCAGUCGGUAACAAUAAAGAAAAGCAAAAGAAAUUACUGAUUGAGCAUCCGGACGUGAAAAGGGCGCGCCUUGCUCAUCAGAACGACCUGGAGAAUAUCGUACCCUUUUUCCUUAUAUCACUUCUAUAUAUCUCAAUCAAGCCGGAACCCAAAUUGACGGAGUUUUUGUUCAAGGUUUUCGCCGGUUCCCGGAUUCUGCAUUCCUUCGUCUACAUUGGGAAAGUUCGUCAACCUGCCAGAUAUUUGACCUUCUUAUGUGGAUUUCUUAUCAAUGUUUACAUGCUUGUGCAGAUUUUCAGAUGGGCUUAUGUUUUGUAGAAAACAUUCUGUGACUUUUUGUCUAAUCUGAAAUUGCUGUGAAAAGAUGUUCAUGUUUGACAAUAUUGCUGAAGAUAUAUUUCAAUUGUAAUCUUGUGAAAUUUCAUAUAUGAUAUGGACGAUAUUUAAUACGUGUUUUUGUUCGUUGUUGUAAACUUUAUGGGGAUCA